UGUUGUCUUUCGGAAGAAAACCAGGUCCUUUUUCUGUGUGAUAUAUCGCGAGACCCGUGUUUGAUUCCGUCAAACACGUUUGUGGCCAUCAGCCGGGACACGCGCGGUGCAAGGGGACAUGAGUGCUGACGGGGAUGUCGACACGCAGCAGCAGGUCGCUGUUGGCGGCAGCCGCGACGUCAGCGACGACGAUCCGACUCGAGCCGAGCGUCGAGGCACGGAUGCCUACGACGAGCUUCCGGGCCGACAGCGGAAGACCGGACUGGCGACUGUCGCUGUUGACAAAUGCGGGGUUGCGUAUUUAGCCCGCGGGGCACGGAAAUCCAAUGCACGAGAAAUGACCGAGGUUGCUCAAGGUACGCAUUUACGAGUAUUGCAGGGAAUUGCUGCUGAUCUCCGGGAAUUCUUUACCUCGUUCGACGAAUGA